CAGAAAAGGCAAGCACAAGAAUUUCAAUACACAGGGCGUGUGUAACUGACAACAAAAAUGUUUGAAAAUGAUUCGCUUGUAAAUGUCCCAUGUUACUGUUUUUUAAAACAUGAAAAGCAUCCAUUACUUUAACGUCCAUCACUUGUAAGAAGCCACUCAGUAGUUUAGUCACGAUGCGGCCAAAAGGUGUUUAGAACCAUCAGAAGUGGUUUUCCUGCAGUUGAGCAUUUCAUGUAAUUGUAAUAAUAAAAUUGUGUUUAUAACAAUAAUGAAGAACAUAAAGUGAGGAAAGUGAUUACUUAUAAUAUAUUUAUUGGAGUUAGUUCCUCAGCAUUCUAAUUGUUUGGUUCCCACGUUGACUUAAUGUCUCUUUGUUCCUCUGACUUACAGCACAAAGCUGAGCUGUGAGCAGCCGAACUAACAACUAACCACUUCCUUUUCUUUGCGCAUCCUCCACAAAUACAUCGAGGUGUUAAACUUGCAGUCGUUCUUUCUCUGUCUGAUGGUCAUCAUGUUCCACCUGAACCAAGCAGCUCUUCUCUCCAUCACACUGUUCACGAUGUGCCAAGUCUCUGCAGAUAGUAAUGCAGUUGAGCAGAGGAAAAUAUCGGUGUACAGAGGAGAGUCCGUCACCUUCACCUGCAACGUGUCCAAGACAAAAGUAUCGCUAAUCCAUUGGACCAAAGGCGGAUCAUCUUUUGUAUUUCAUGUCUCAUUGAAUAAGAGUUUUUCAAAUUUCACUUCACACCGACUGACAAUAGACACAAACUUCCCCUCAAAGAUGAAUAUUUCAACCGUUCAGCAUAACGAUGCAGGAAUCUACAGAUGUACUUUAUAUGACUAUAAAGGUACGAGGAGUAUUGAGUGGAAUUUAACGGUGUCUGAGGAACAUGAAGAAUUCAGUUAUUUGUGGUUAUAUAUCACAACUGCAACUGAAUCUCUUCUUAGUUUCUUCAUCACAGCUGUUUGUCUCUACAGAAGCUGGACCAAGAUCCCAGACCAGGACCAGGAAAGAAAGACCCUGAGUUACGUCACGUUUCAUCUUCAGUGUGGAAAAGAGGUGGCUCCACUCCAACCACACAGUUGUGUAGAAUACAGUAAGAAUCACAAGUCAGUACUUUAAGAGGCUCCCGUUAAGGAUGAAGUUCAGUGCAAAGACGAACAGGAAAUGAAAGAUGUUGGAAAGAGUGAAACAUUCAAUCCACACAAAACCUCAACUUCAUCAAAAAUUAAGAGCUUAUGAGUACAACUUCCUUCAGUACAUCCUUAUCUUCACACAAACCUGCUCAUUGGAUGAGUAAUAACAUGUGGAAUCAAACAAAAACAAGGAAACGGGUUAUAAUAAAGAACUGUCUCAAAUGAUUAUUCCUAAAGAAGAAAACAAAAAUAAAAGCUAAAACAAAAAAGGGGGAACAAACCUUUCUGGACAAUGUGUGCUCAAUAAACAAUAAAGAACUGUUCCUCCUCUGCAA